AUGGCCAAGUUCCGCGGAGGCCCCGUCGCCAUCCCACUCACGGCGGCGCCCGAGCAUCUUUUGCCAUGGCCCUGCAUCGCUCCUCAGUCUCCGAGGCGAGGCCAGGCACUCGCCGCGGUCUCGAUCUUGGCCCACUUCCGUCUUCCGCCCGCAGGCAAGAAGUGGCGCUCCCUCACGCCCACGGAGCGCCGCCCGUACGUGGAGGAGGCCGAGCGCCUUCGCCUCAAGCACAUGGCCGAGCACCCCGACUACAAGGCCUGGGUGUCAGCAGGGGGGCGCGGCGACCCCCAGCACCCCGCCGGCCGUGAGCGUGGCCUCCUCGCUGACCCCCUGACACCUCGCCCAGCAGCUCCCCUGACCCCGACCCCCCCGCGCUCGGCCCGCGGGGGCAGCACCCCAGCGCAGAUAUCCCUACAAUUAUCUGGUUAUUUUUCCAUCUAUGAGCAAGCAGUAAUCAGAGAUUCCUCGAACAUCCAGAGAUGGACUUCGAUCGAAGCCGAACCUCGAAAUUCCUUUAAUCGUCGAACCCCUCUGCCUUCGCCUUCCGCAGGCUCACCCACGCCGCCUUCUGCAGCCCCUGGCACGGGCGUCGGAAGGGAAGGCCAGCUCUCGACGACGCCUGAGGUCUCCCCAGGGGCGGGCACGCGCGCGCUCUCCCACCUCAUCUCCCUGUUCGAGCGCGCCCCGGCCUUCCCCGACGCCUACCACACCCUCAAAAACAUCGUGUCGUCCUACAACCCAGCGCCUUCGCCGGAUACAGCUGGCAGUGAAGGUGACGAGGGCGCAGACGGCGGCUACCCUUCAGCCACGCCCUCGACUACCAACAGCACUCCGACGGAGGCGCCCCCGCCGUCACUACACGCCCGUGGGAGCCCUCGAGAGGAAUCCUCCCAUCACUGCCCUCCCGAGGACGUCGUGAUGGGGAGCGCUGACGGGGAGGAGGGAGGGACCCGCCACGAGCCCCCGCCCAUCAAGGGAAGUGGUUUGUCACCUUAG